UUUCACCGGUAAAUUGAAACGAUUCAUUAUCUCCGGCGGCAAGUUUUGUGGUACGUGGAGAUCAAUUUCGAAUAAAAUGUUCAUAGAUUUUCUCUAAUCAUCUUCUAGUUCAAGUAAUUUUAUAUUUAGUUUGAUUAUUUUCUGAUUCCUCGUUGCCGUUCUUACGAACAGCAACAUAUUCUUCCAUAAUCAUGAAACCGAGUUAUAGAUUCUUCAUUCAUAGACGUAACUCUCCGUUUUCUAGAUUUUCAUUUCCGAAAUUUCAUCCUUCUUUAUCUAAUGAAGCUUCAACAUCAUCAAAUUUGAAGAACUUCGAUUCUCCUCGGUUGUUUGGGAUUAGAUGUCUAUUUAAUCGCACCUGUAAAUCAUUAUGCUGUCCUGAUUCGAAUUGCCGCCAACCAAGUAGUGGUGGUAGAAUCGGACUUGUUGAAUCUGAUAUUAGGUAUUUUUCAACAACGAAUGAUGAUAGUUUGGAGAAACCAUUAGCUUCGGAAAGAAUCGAAAAUGUCGAUGAAGAGCGUCGUCACAAAGUUAUGGCGGCAUUGAAGGAAGAAAAGGAAGAAUCUAUAAUUGAGAAGGAGGCGUGGAACUUGUUGAAGAAUUCUGUUGUGACUUAUUGUGGUAGCCCUGUUGGAACAGUUGCAGCAAAUGAUCCAUCUGAUAGCAAUGCGCUUAAUUAUGAUCAGGUUUUCAUUCGCGACUUUGUUCCGUCUGCUCUUGCGUUCUUACUCAAGGGAGAGACAGAGAUUGUGAGGAAUUUCCUCCUCCAUACAUUGCAAUUGCAGAGUUGGGAGAAAACGGUUGACUGUUACAGCCCAGGACAGGGUUUGAUGCCAGCAAGUUUUAAGGUUAGGACUGUUCCUCUUGAUGAAAACAAAUUUGAAGAAGUAUUAGACCCUGACUUUGGUGAAUCAGCCAUUGGCCGCGUUGCACCUGUAGACUCGGGGUUGUGGUGGAUCAUCAUAUUGAGAGCAUAUGUAAAGAUAACUGGUGAUUAUGCUCUACAAGAAAGAGUUGAUGUUCAGACGGGCAUAAAACUAGUAAUGAAUUUAUGUCUGUCUGAUGGUUUUGAUAUGUUUCCUUCUCUGUUAGUCACUGAUGGCUCAUGCAUGAUAGACCGAAGAAUGGGUAUACAUGGUCACCCUCUCGAGAUACAAGCCUUGUUUUAUUCUGCUCUUCGAUGUUCUAGGGAGAUGCUUUCUGUAGACGAUGGAUCAAAGAAUUUAGUAAGAGCAGUGAAUGAUAGACUUAGUGCAUUGUCUUUUCAUGUAAGGGAAUACUAUUGGGUUGAUAUGAAAAAGAUCAAUGAGAUCUAUAGAUACAAAACAGAGGAAUAUUCUGUAGAUGCAAUCAACAAAUUCAAUAUUUACCCAGAACAGAUUCCUCAUUGGUUAAUGGAUUGGAUUCCAGAAAAGGGUGGUUAUUUGAUUGGUAACCUACAGCCAGCUCACAUGGAUUUUAGGUUCUUUACUUUAGGAAAUCUUUGGUCCAUUAUUUCUUCCCUAGGCACUCCACGACAAAACGAGGCGAUUCUGAAUCUUAUUGAUGAGAAAUGGGAUGAUCUUGUUGGGCGUGUUCCUAUCAAAAUAUGUUACCCUGCUUUGGAAUAUGAAGAGUGGCGCAUAACAACUGGUAGCGAUCCAAAGAAUACCCCUUGGUCAUACCAUAAUGGUGGAUCUUGGCCAACCCUUUUGUGGCAGUUAACACUAGCAUGCAUUAAGAUGGGGAAAUCAGAGGUAGCAUGGAAAGCAAUUAAUUUAUGUGAAAAGAGGCUUCAAAUGGAUAGAUGGCCUGAAUAUUACGAUACCAGGAAUGGAAAUUUUGUAGGGAAACAAUCGCGACUCAACCAAACAUGGACAAUAGCAGGAUUUCUAACGUCGAAAAUGCUGUUGAAAAAUCCAGAGUUGGCUUCUUUAUUGUUUUGGGAAGAAGAUUCUGAACUUCUCGAGAGCUGUCUCUGUUCUUUUAGCAAAUCUAACCGUAAGAGAUGUUCACGCGGUGCUGCAAAAUCUCAUAUUCUCGUAUGAACUCGAAAGAAUAACCAUUGUCUUUUGUAAAUUUGGUGUAAAGUAUAUAAAUAUAGGCAUUGAUCAUAGGGUAAAAUAUAUGGCCCUUAUAAUUUAGGGAGUUUGAUAAGUGUAUAUAGUGAGGAGUUAGCUCACUAGUUUGUUUUCUGAAAUUCUUUUGACUAAGUGUAUAUAUAUAAUAAUAAAUAGUUAAUUGAUUAUAAAAGAAGAUUAUUACAUUGA